AGUUUAAUUGUUUUAACGUUUGAGAUUUUCAAUGUGUUUCUUCCACAGAAAUGGCUCAGACUCUAUAUUUCAAUAUUCUUGUCAUUGCUCUCUGUUCAAUAUCUGAAUGCAUUGGGCUGAGAUUCAUCUGCUACAAUGGUGUACCAUCAAAGGUUGUAGUUACCUGUGAAUCACAAACUGCCUUCCUCAGCUGUGAUCAGGGAAGUAUAAAAGUCCUUUCAGCCAAUUAUGGGCGUACAGACCGACAGACCUGCUCUGCUGGAAGGCCAUAUAACCAGCUCUCAAAUGUUCGCUGCACUCAGAGUACGUCCCUACGUGUGGUUGCCAUUAGAUGUGAUGGAAAAACUAGUUGUUCCAUUGUUGCGGGGAAUGCAGCUUUCACAGAUCCUUGUUAUGGAACUUAUAAAUACCUGACUGUGUCUUACAAGUGUGUUGCACCUCCACCACCAUCACCACGUGUACCAUCAAAGGUUGUAGUUACCUGUGAAUCACAAACUGCCUUCCUCAGCUGUGGAUUGAUGACUGGGUGA